UGGUUCUGCCUAGUAGAGAAUACUAAAGCCAAGUAUAGUAUCCUAGAUAAAGACACGUACAACUUUAAUAAGUCUAGGUUUAUAAUAGGCGUUAUAUCAACUAGAGCUGUUGUCACAUGUAAGGAGCUGGCCUCUGCGGGCUAUUUGCAAGUAUGA